AUCUAAAUUAUAUACUUUACUUACUCUAAUUGAAGAAGAAUAUGAUAAAGAUGAAACAGAUUUGGAUCAAAAUAAUGAAAGAAAAAAUAUGAUAAAUAAUAGGUGGACAUUAAAAGGUAGCCAAAAAUUAGAUAACAGAGAUAAUACUAGAAUAAAACAAGAUGUAAGAGCUAUGUUAAAAUAUUUUUUUUUAUAUAGAAAUCAAAGAAGUGAAGAAAGAAUAAGCACAAAAGCUAUGCAUGAUGAGCUCCUGAAAUAUGCUGAAGAUGGCGAGAUAGAAAGGAAGGAUGUUCCAAAAUUUCAAACAAUACAAAAUUGGUUAAAUUCAUAUGCUCAAGCCUUUAAAGCAACAGAACACGAGCUUGAAUUAGCAUAUAAAUAA